AAUAUUUUUAAAAUACAUAAGAGGCGGUUAUAUAUUCAGGAAAAGAAUAUUAUUAUCAUGACGUACAUAUCUGUGACUGCUCUUGUUACCAUGGCUACCUCCGCCAUUCACAUAGGAACUUCACAUCGCUACCACAAUGAAUGCAAUUAUUCGGAAUGUAUGUCAGCAAGAAACAGUUACAUUGUACCCGUUCUUUGGGUGCGCUCAGGCCCUUGAUGGUGGAUUCGAAUUCAAGAUUCUUACUGAUUAUUUAUGUUUUUGUUUCUUUUGUUUGUUUGUUUGUUGUUUAACCGCCGCACACAGCAAUAUGAUAUCAGGGGAUCGCUGAAAGGUGAUCGUAUCCUGUCCCACCGGUGGUAAAAAACACAUAUUUGUUGACCCAGCAUAUCAAUGUCUGAAAAAGUCAUUCUUCUUGACACAGAUGUUGAACAAAGCUCAUGACACAAUCACCCGACAAAUGAAUGUUCUUUGUAUCCUGCCCGGUAACGCAACAGAGCCUCCUCCAGAGGAUCACAAUCUGUAAACGUCUGAACGCCAACGUUGAUGUCCUGCAGUUAAAUUAAACAUUUGAAAUAACAUCGCGUCGACCUCUGUUCUCCUUUAUCAAUGCCUUUGACAUUCAAGAUAAACUAUAAUAAAUGCGCGAUUUCGACUACGCUGUCUCUCUCGCCCGUGUCCUUGAGACGGGGCUGACACGUUUAUAUCUGUGUACUUAAGGUCUCUAUAUUGUAUUUUAGUAUGAGGAAGUGUGACCGCGGUGAGUAGAUUUAAGAUAACUCCUUAACUGUGUUCUUCUUGGAAAAUGUGACAGCGUUCCUUCCAGCUUUGUAGUCAACAUGGAUUUACCACACAGGCAUAAAGACUUCUCCUUCGUUAACCGGAAACACCACACUUCCUGUCUUGCCGGAAGUGAAGCAACUGAAUUGACCCUUGACCUCCCAAAGCAUACCCCGGAUCCCUUCACGGUCCCCGCGUCAGCACGUGACGUUGUUAAGGUCAAGGACUGCAAGAUAUCGAAGGAGAAUGUUCUGCUUCUCUGCCAGACAGCGAGAGUCUACUGUAACUCAUAUAACAAGAUGGCUACUCGGAAAAGGCUAGAUAAGAGAAUUGAAGACGUAACCUCGCGGAGAAGAGCAAAGCGCAGGGAGGCUAAACUGAUACCACUGGAGGGAUACGAGUCGUCUUCACCAAGGAGACAACCAUCACCAGGGAGACAACCAUCACCAGGGAGACAACCAUCACCAAGGAGACAACCAUCACCAAGGAGACAACCAUCACAAAGGAGACAUCCAUCACAAAACAGAUCGACGUCCCGGCCAGCGAGGACGAAUACAACAGAAGGACCCAACAAUGAACCUCUCAACCCGUACCGAGUCUUGCCCAAUAUCGAUACCAACAGGAAGUCAUCUACAGAAUUAUCUCCCCAUGAUCCGGAAUCCUCAAGGUCACCAGGCGACAAGUAUCACUCUCAUCAUUCACAGAAUGGCAAACCAUAUAAUACCACUUCAACAAAAGGAAACGUGGCAAGAUCUAAGAGAGAUGUGUCCGGCAACAGGGACAAUACAUUCGUAGCUGAUUCAAAGAAUAAACCAGCUGUGGUUUAUGCCAGUAAGGAAGAUGAGAAGCGAUAUAAUGCGAAACGUGGCCAUGAUUCGGGCGACGAUUACUCUGAUGAUGAGUAGAAGAUUCAAAAUAGCCUCACUCGGCGUUGUGUGACUUGCUUAAUAUGAUGAUAAUGUGCAUUCAAUAAAUCUGACUUAAUAGUA